UGAAUCGGGCGUACACAACGUCCGUCAAAAAGGCGACGCCGGUCGGCGGUCGAAACCCUCUCCCAAAGAAAACGUUUCCUUUUCAUUCCCCUCUUGCCUCUUCUCGGCCGCCGCCGGCUCCCGUUUCAAUUCCUUCCUUUUCCUCUCUCUCCCUCUCUCUCUCUCUCUCUCUCUCACGUGCCGUCGCCGGCCUCCGACGCGUCCGCCGGCGGAGCGUAGAUCUCCUCAUCCCGCGAUGGAAGACGACGACGAUACCCAGUCACCGUCCCGCUCGCAGUCCCAAUCCGUCUCCCGAUCGUUGUCGCCGCCAUCGUCGCCACCCCCAGUCUCCGUUGUGUCCCCCUCCCCUGGCCCCUCGCCCCAUCACCACCACAACGGCCAAGUAGCCGAGGCCGUCACCGUCGCGGCCCCGCCCCACCAUGCCCUUCCCCUCGCCCUCCCCAUCCAGCAGCCGCGCCCAUCCCCCGCGGCCGGAGGAGGCGGGGGCGGUGGGCGGGAGGACUGCUGGAGCGAGGGCGCCACCUCCAUCCUGAUCGACGCGUGGGGGGAGCGUUUCCUGGAGCUCAGCCGCGGCAAUCUCAAGCAGAAACACUGGCAGGAGGUGGCCGACGCCAUCACCAGCCGCGAUGGCUAUACCAAGGCCCCCAAGACCGACGUCCAGUGCAAGAACCGCAUCGACACCCUCAAGAAGAAGUACAAAAUCGAGAAGUCCAAGGUCUCCGCCACCGGCGGCGGCGCCACCUCCUCCUGGCCCUUCUUCCACCGCCUCGAUCUCCUCCUCGGCCCCAACCACAAGCCCGCGCCGCUGCCCCCCGGCAGCGAUAUCCCCGCCGGCAUCCCCAUCCGUCCCCCGGCCCGCCUCCCUCAGCUGAUCCCGCAGCGGCCGCGAACCAGCCAACCGGCCCGCAAGAAGGCGAGGUCAUCGCCUCCCUCCGUGUCUUCCAAGUCAGCGGACUCGUCCGGGGACUCCUCAGACGGGUUCCCACCGCCGCCACCAAGGGCAGCCAACGGCAAGAGGCAGCGGCGAGAGCCAGAGGAGGAGGAGGUGGGGGGAGGGAGGAUGGCGGGGCUGCGGGAACUAACGCAGGCAAUACUGCGUUUCGGACAGGUGUACGAGCGGGUAGAGAGCUCGAAGCUGCGGCAGGCGCUGGAGAUAGAGAAGCAGCGGAUGGAGUUCACGAGGGAGCUCGAGUUGCAGAGGAUGGAGUUCUUGAUGAAGACGCAGAUGGAGCUCUCGCAGCUCAACAGCAAUCACCACCACCAUGGAAGUAACAGUAGGAAGAAGAAGAGGCUGGAUGAUGCUGGCGGUAGCAGCAGCAACCACCGCUACCGCAACAAUAGCAGCAACAGCAAUAACACUGAGAACAAUGGCUAAAGCAAGGCUAGGAUGAACACAAGUCAUUAGAAGUGUCUCUUUGCUAGUUACUAGGACAACUAAAUCUGUAGUCAUCUCUGUCUAUAUAUUAUCCUUAUCCUGCCUCAGGUAUAUUCUUUUCAAAUGUUAUGAACUCCAAUAUGUAAUGGUGAUCUUUUCUAUGACUAUGAUGUCUCUAACAA